GAUGACACGCAGAUUGAGCUCAUCCUUGCGAACGGCCACAACGGCAAGGUCGCCGUAUUCAUGAGAGCCCUGGGCCGCCCCAAGAAGAAACAGAUUCUCGAGGUCGGCGGCGAGAACGCACGUGAGCGGGCUACGACGAUCAUCGACAUGAUUAGGACGCAGGUGAUGGACAUCGUCGGAUCUGUCAACGACCCCGCCAAGGUCUCGGAUGAGGACAUGAAGGCCGUGAGGGCGAUCGCCAAGGCGGCGCGCGACGGGGGCCUGCUGACGGCGCUGCUGACGGGCCUGCUGAUGACGGGCGUGCUGCUGACGGACCUGCUGCUGACGGGCCUGCUGCUGACGGGCCUGCUGGCGGGCCUGCUGACGGGCCUGAUGACGGGCCUGAUGACGGGCCUGCUGACGGGCCCGCUGACGGGCCUGCUGACGGCGGUGAGUGAAGGGCCUGGCGACGGCGGCGGCUGGGUCGCAGACUCGUAG